AUGCUCUCUAUUGCACACAAUGGGGAUCUUACAGUUAGACCCACGUGCAAGCCUGGCUUUUCAGAAGACGACUACACGGCUUUCGUCUCCCAAAACAUCAUGGAAGGGCAGAAGUUACUCAAAGUAAAAUUUAAUAACUGCGCCGGUAACAAGGGAGUUCGGUACGAAACCAACAGCCUGGACUUCAAGGUGAGAGCGGAUGGGACCAUGUACGCCGCCCACCAACUCCAAAUGCCCUCGAAGCCGCUGGUGCUGAGGGUGGCGGCGUGGGAUCCCCAGAGCCUGGGCAGGCGGGAGGCCAUCGUCAGGCUUCUGGUGGCAGAGAAGUCGCAACACAGUGGACACAAGCCCAAAGGAAGGAGGGUGGUGCCCGGCGAACUGGCGCAGCAGCAAAGUGACACUCUGCUCCCGUGGCACCAGCAUCAGAGCGCUAACGGCCUGCGGCGGCAAAAGCGAGACUGGGUCAUCCCGCCCAUCAACGUGCCGGAGAACUCCAGAGGACCCUUUCCGCAGCAGCUCGUUCGAAUUCGUUCCGAUAAGGACAAAGAGAUCCAUAUCAGAUACAGCAUCACUGGCGUGGGAGCCGACCAGCCGCCGAUGGAAGUCUUCAGCAUUGACCCCGUGUCUGGCAGGAUGUAUGUGACGCGCCCGAUGGACAGAGAGGAAAGAGCUUCCUACCACCUCCGGGCUCACGCGGUGGAUAUGAAUGGAAACAAGGUGGAGAAUCCCAUUGACCUUUACAUCUAUGUGAUUGAUAUGAAUGACAACAGGCCGGAGUUUAUAAACCAAGUCUAUAAUGGAUCUGUUGAUGAAGGCUCUAAACCAGGUACCUACGUGAUGACAGUGACGGCAAAUGAUGCAGACGAUAGUACUACAGCGAACGGGAUGGUGAGAUACCGAAUCGUGACUCAGACCCCACAGAGCCCAUCGCAAAAUAUGUUUACUAUUAACAGCGAGACGGGAGACAUUGUCACUGUGGCUGCUGGACUUGACAGAGAGAAAGUUCAGCAGUACAUAGUCAUUGUUCAAGCCACAGAUAUGGAAGGAAAUCUUAACUAUGGUCUCUCAAACACGGCAACAGCGAUCAUCACGGUGACAGAUGUGAAUGACAACCCACCCGAAUUCACUACCAGCACUUAUUCAGGAGAAGUUCCUGAGAACAGAGUGGAGGUUGUGGUGGCAAAUCUGACGGUGAUGGACCGGGACCAGCCUCACUCCCCCAACUGGAAUGCCAUCUACCGCAUUAUCAGCGGAGACCCCUCUGGCCAUUUCACCAUCCGGACAGACCCCGUCACCAACGAAGGCAUGGUAACCGUCGUGAAGGCAGUCGAUUACGAGAUGAACAGAGCUUUCAUGCUGACAGUGAUGGUAUCAAACCAGGCUCCCCUGGCCAGUGGCAUCCAGAUGUCCUUCCAGUCGACAGCAGGAGUCACCAUUUCAGUCACAGAUGUCAACGAAGCACCGUAUUUCCCCACAAACCACAAGUUAAUCAGGCUGGAAGAAGGGGUGCCUACGGGGACAGUCCUGACAACGUUUUCAGCGGUGGAUCCCGACCGCUUCAUGCAGCAGGCAGUAAGAUACUCUAAGCUGUCAGAUCCUGCAAACUGGCUGAACAUUAAUGCCACAAAUGGUCAGAUCACUACUGCUGCUGUCCUUGAUCGAGAGUCAGACUACAUUAAGAAUAAUGUCUACGAGGCCACAUUCUUGGCGGCUGACAACGGUAUACCCCCCGCGAGCGGCACUGGCACUCUGCAGAUCUACCUAAUCGACAUCAACGAUAACGCUCCUGAGCUUCUGCCAAAGGAGGCACAGAUUUGUGAAAAGCCAAACCUGAAUGUCAUCAACAUAACAGCCGCGGAUGCUGACAUCGAUCCAAACGUUGGGCCCUUUGUCUUCGAGCUGCCAAGUGUGCCAUCUGCGGUGAGGAAGAACUGGACCAUAACACGGCUGAAUGGCGAUUACGCCCAGCUUAGUUUGCGGAUCAUGUACCUGGAAGCGGGUGUGUAUGAUGUGCCGAUCAUCGUGACGGACUCGGGAAACCCCCCCUUGUACAACACAUCCGUCAUCAAAGUGAAGGUGUGCCCGUGCGACGAGAAUGGCGACUGCACCACCAUCGGGGCGGUGGCUGCCGCGGGGCUGGGCACGGGUGCCAUCAUCGCCAUCUUGAUCUGCAUCAUCAUUUUACUGACCAUGGUUCUGCUCUUCGUGGUGUGGAUGAAGCGCCGGGAGAAGGAGCGCCAUACCAAGCAGCUCCUGAUUGACCCCGAGGACGACGUCAGGGACAAUAUUCUGAAGUACGACGAAGAGGGGGGUGGAGAGGAAGACCAGGAUUACGAUUUAAGCCAGCUCCAGCAGCCAGAGACCAUGGAUCACGUGCUGAACAAGACACCUGGAGUCAGAAGGGUGGAUGAAAGACCUAUCGGUGCUGAAACGCAGUACCCUAUAAGACCAGUAAUCCCACAUCCAGGGGAUAUUGGUGACUUCAUCAAUGAGGGCCUGCGCGCGGCGGACAAUGACCCCACGGCCCCCCCCUACGAUUCCCUCCUGGUCUUCGACUACGAGGGCAGCGGCUCCACCGCCCGCUCCCUCCGGCCCCUCCACUACUCCAGCUCC